AUGUCAGUCGCGCUGCAGCUCGCGGCGGCGGAAGAGAUUGCGACCGAGCUCAGGCUCGCCGCGGCGUCGGAGGACGCCGCCGAAGGCGAGGCGAUUUAUCGCGCGACGCUCGAGUCGCUGUUGGCGUCCACCGGGUGGACGCCGCGCGCCGCGGAGGAGAUGGCGCGCGAGGAGCAGCGUGCGCAUGUUCGGCAGAUGCGCUGGGCAAGGGAGCACGGCCGGGGGGAGCCGGUCCGGUGCUUUGACGCGGAGGAGUACGACGAAGGCGACGACGCUUUCGACGCGCUCUUCGACGGGGGCUCGGGGUACGGGUGGGAUUCCCCCUCGGGGGGCGGCGCUUUCUUCUAG